GAUGUCUUCAACACUCCCUCUCCCUCCCAGACCUCCACGUGUUCGGAUGCGACACCUUCCAGAACUCAUAUACUCGGUCAUCUUCAGCUCACUGUCAGUACACCUCCUGUACCAGCGCCGCGAAGCCACGACGGAACGACACCAUCUCAACGCACGGAUAUCCAUUCUCGAAGACCUCACGAAACGGCUGAAAACAGGAGAGAAUGUGGAUGAUACCGAGAUUGAGAGGCUAAGGAGGCUUGGGCGAGAGGGUCAGAAGGGAGUGGAUGCGAAUGGUGUGGUGAUCGUUGGAGAUGAGGAUAUUGGAUGGAAGGAAGUGUUUUUGGGGAGGAAGACGGCAGAGAGACCGAGCGCAUAUGAAGAUAUUUCUAACACGGACCCUUCCUCUUCAUCAUCGACUACUAAGUCAUGACAUUGCCUGUCCUUGUCUGUCUUUGUGCUUCAGUUAUGUCUGUCUGCAUCCGCUAGAAAUACAAUCUAUGCCGCGCAUGUAUAGUUUCGGGAGACAUCUUACCGUGUGCAUCUCCACGGGGAAGUGUUCGGUUGGCUCGAGGUAUAAGAUUAUAGAUACCAGCGUGCUACUCUGGAAAAGGCACAACGUAGCCAUUCAUUCGUGACUGCGGUUCGUAUGUCGGGGCACACGACCCGUAUUUUCUGUGCUCA